CUUUAGGAUGCGGCUGGGGUCUGUUGAUUUUAGUCGGAGAUGAUUUUAGCUCGCAGUAAAUGAGCAAGAGCUGCAAAAAGGCACUGAUUUUUUGUGUAAUUUGGUUUAGGCAUGUUUAGAGACAUAUAAUCCUAGAAUAAGAACCAAGAGAGGAAGACGCUUGUCGUGAUAAGCUAAAAUAAUUUUCAGCCAUUUUUAGCCAAGUUAGCUUCGUGGUUAACUCGCUAUCAGUUUAGCCAUAUAACGCUAGCUAGCUAGUUUAGCUUGUAAUAAUAACCGAACGUAGAGCUCUUUCGAGACUUGUGCUUCGUGUUCUGUGAUAUAUAUAUAUAAAGGGAUUAAUGCUAAAAUAUUAACGUUACACAGUAUUUUAAUAAACAGCGCACUCAGGAAGGUGAAACCUUUAGCCAAGGGCCGGUUCGAUUCAGUAGCUGAUAGUGUGACGUCAUCGGUUAUACCCUGUGAUACCGGGAAUUACUGUUAUCGCUGUGUGAGUUUGCCUUCAGCCAUGUCGAAAGUUGAGCGUCUGAAUGCUCGGGUCAGUAAGCUGCUGACGGCGGCUGUGCAGGAGGUGCUGGAGGCCGUGAGGGAGACGGUGUCUGAGUAUCAGGAGAAAACGGCUCGGACGCAGAGGGAGAAUGAGAGACUGAGGCGAAGGUUACAGGAGCUGCAAGAGCUCACGUCCAACAGACACUCUGGUGCAGAGGAAGCCAUCAGCUAUAACGUAGCGAAACAGACUGAAUCAGAUUCUUUAUCAAGUGGACAAGAUGAUGUCACUCAGGACAGCGAGUUCAAGCAGGAAAUUAGAAGUAACCGAGAUGGACCAAACACAAGUCCUGAGGUUUCUCAUGUGUGUGUGAAUUCAUCUCAGCCUUGCUUUGAAGCUUCAGAGCCAAAAGUCCAGACCACUCCAUCGCAAUUUAGUGUUCGAGCCAAGAUUUCUGUGUCGGACUACAUUUCCCAUGAUGCACCAUUGCCUGGACAAAGCAAACAUGUCGCUACAGAGUUCACACAGAGUGUAAUCAAAACUGAAGCAGAAAGUGAGGAGUAUCAUGAUCAUGCUCCCCAAACUUUAAUUUACCAAACCGACCAGAUGAUGAUGCAGAACAGUCAGUCAUCCUGCACCAUCGUUCCGUUUGCGCUUGAUGGCUCGUUACAGACGCUUAUGACUGAAGACAUGGAGCAGAUUGGUGCUGUUUUGGACAGCACCGAGGUGAGAUGUGAGGAGUUGUUAAAUGGUUUAUCGUACCGGAGAAGUGGGUGUGGUUUCCGCAUGCGACGGGCAGAGAAGCGCUUCUGCUGUGCGCUCUGCGGCCGCACCUUCAGCCACGCUGGUGACUUUAAGAAGCACAAGCGCGUGCACACCGGCGAGAAGCCGUACCUGUGUACGCUGUGUGGGAAACGCUUCAGCCAGUCCGGGUACCUGAAGAUCCAUCAGCGCUACCACACAGGAGAAAAACCGUAUGCCUGUGGGACGUGUGGAAAACGGUUCAGCCACUCAAGCAACUACAAAAAACACCAGCAGACUCAUAUCACUCGGAGUCUUUGCACUAAUUUAGUUUAACAGUACAUGAGGGGUGGUGGGGUUUUUAAAUUUGGAGCCGGACAGCAUACCUGACUGAGUGUAUACAUGAUACAGAUGGGAAUGUUUUCAUGGUGUAAGACCUGAAGCCC